UCGGGUGUGACCUCGGUGGGCAAAGGAAGAUCACCUUGAAAAAUUAGCCUGCCGGCCAGCUUUCUGAGAAAGCAACCUCCCUUCUUUCCCUACCCCGCUGCCUUCCUCGAGUAACAACUCAACAACCAAGUCGCCAUGUCUGACCGCUCUGACCGCUCCGAGCGGAAGCGCGUCAACUUCCAAACUUCGCCCACGCCCAAGGCCUCCUCGCGCUCCUCAGUUCGCAGCCGGGACUCGGCUAUCGACUACAAUGAGCAGCGGUCCAACGUUCGCGCUCUUCAGGAAGCACUCCAAUCUGCAAACGAAGAGGUCGAGGAGCUCAAGAAGAAGCUUGCGAGCGUAGAGCUAGUCCUGGACCAGUCCCACAAGGCCAACCGAGAGAUGAAAGCCCGCUGUACUGCUUUGGACAACCUAGGUGAGACUAUGGAGCAGGACAAAAAGGAGCUCCAAGUCAAGAUCACAGAGCUCAAGGAGCAGGUUUCCGACCUUCAAAACGAGAACGCUGCUCAGAGGGACCAGAUCGACGAGUUCAAAGAGACGAUCGAUGAUCUCCGCAUCGAGAAAGCCGACCUUCAGCAACACCUCGACAGCCUCGUCGAUCCCGUACGUGACCCAGUCAUGUCUGGCGCUGGCAAGUCAUCGUCCAGCAAGGCCUUGGCCCGAACCGCCAGCAAAGGCAAACGCGACAAGCCAGAACACAGAAGCGAGCGACCAGAGCCCAGAGGCGAGCACCGAAGUGAGCGCAGGGGCGAACACAGAAGCGAGCGAGACGAGCGGAUAGAGAGAUCUGAAAGGCCGAGCGGAAGUCGCGCUCAGAAAGAGAGCCAAGAGAAGGACAUGAAGGACCGCCUCAAGGAUCGCCUGAACCGCGACUCGAGGCCACCAGUUACCGAAACCCGCCGGCCCACAGGCCGGCGUAUGAGCAUCGCCGGAAACAGUGGCAGGCCGUACAUCGAGGAGCCGCCAACCAGUCCUUCGUCCUCGAACGGAUCUGGCCAUUACAUCCUGGCCCAUCCCGACAGUGUGCGCUCUCCUGGCGCUUACGGGGCGACUCCCCGAUCACGCACAUCAAACACAUCGUCGGGUUACGCUUCGAAUGAUCGCCACGAGUCAGGCAACUACGUCUUCCACCCAUUGCCAGACCAGCGCGGAGGUCGCUAGACGGUUGUGCGAGACCCCGACGCUUAUCAAAAGUCGGUAAAGAACUCCGACCAAUAGCUGGGGCAACCCAGCUCAUGCAUGCGCAGCGGAUGCUCACAUGCGGCACAGUCGGGUUUCAUUUUAGGCCCUUGACAUAUAUUCCGGCCAUUCUUACAUUCA